AUUAUUAUUAUUAUUAUUAUUAUUGUUGUUAUCAACAAUAGGUUUCGGUAUGUCGUGUGUGUGAGUGUGUGUGCGCGCUGUGUCUACACUUGUUCGUAACACGAGCCAGGAUAAUCGAGCAAUGAGAUUCAAACUGGAUAUUGUGCCACUCAACAGUGCCACUCGGUUAUUGGAAAAUUAUUCUACUCCUCUAGGUGACAGAAUUGCACAUGUGCCCCGAACCAUGACGGUGGCCGAGGUGAGAGCAACGGUUUUGUUAUUGCUAUCGGUUUAGACUCCACAGAGUGUGUGUGUGCGUGCGCGUUUGUGUGCAUAUUUUGGUUUUGAGACAACAGGCAUCGGACCAUGUCGGAAAAGCCAUUGGCUUGCCACCAGACCCGAUUCCACCAGUACCACGGCUACAACCUGAGCUUGCACGAACACAACACCGUCGCUCACCGCGAGAUGAGCUUCGCCAACGCCAUCGUGUUCAGCGAACGAUCGCUGUCCCCGGGCGAGGUGUUCCUCAUCGAAAUCGAGAGCUCCGAGAACGGCUGGUCCGGCCACAUCCGACUCGGGCUCACCCAACUCGACCCGGACGUGCUGCAGCACAGCGGCUACCUGUUGCCCCAGUGCGCCAUACCCGACAUGGUGGCCAACAAGUCGCUGGGCGAGUCGUGGGUGUGUGCGCUCACCAAACACCAGGCGUGGUACGAGGGCAAACACAAGACCCAGUACUUCAGGCUGGACGGCAAUCACAUAUACACGUCCCGCGGUACUUUUCCGACGAGCAUCCUGCGGUCGUCGAGCGAAAACAAAACCGAAAAACUACCCACGGACGUGGGCAGUCGCGUCGGCGUACUUUAUUUGCCGUGCGGCAACAACAUGGCCAUCAUGCAUUUCAUCAUCAACGGUGAAUUUGUCGUACCGUUUUCCAGGGUCAUACCGUACAACGAUUGUCCCAUCCGGGCGGUGAUAGAUGUGUACGGUGCGACCAAAAGAGUGCGCAUUGUUCAAGUUUACAACGUUAAUUCACUACAAAGUGCGUGCAGAGAAUCCAUUCUGAAAAAUAUCGAAGCUUCAUCGAUUUCCCAAUUACCAUUACCCAACGCUUUAAAAGAGUAUCUCCUAUAUAAGACUUAAUUGUUAUUAUCAUUAUUAUAUUUUAUUAGUCAUUAGCUCCCAAUUUUUAUUUAUAUAAUAAGAUAUUUUUUUAUUUUACCUUUCCUUCAACUUCAUAUAACAGUAAUAACAUUUUGAAAAUGUAUUUGAUCAAAUACUAUUUAUUUAUAAUUUUGUGUUAUUUUAAUGUUUAAUUUGAAAAUUAGCGGAUAAAGUUGCCAU